AUGCUCUUCCCCUACAAUCUGCACCGCCGGGUCCUGAGCUUCCUGCCAGAGCGGGAGGGGACCGCUCCACUGCCAGCCAGCACUGUUUCCUAUGGUAUCAUCAUUAAGUAUUCCAGGGUGAUUGUCAGUUUCUUUUCUUUUACAGUUGACAUCCUGCUGAAGGCUGUGGGCGACACCCCUAUAAUGAAAACCAAGAAGUGGGCCGUAGAGCGAACCCGGACCAUCCAGGGCCUCAUUGACUUCAUCAAAAAGUUCCUUAAACUGGUGGCCUCGGAGCAGUUGUUUAUCUAUGUGAACCAGUCCUUCGCUCCUUCCCCAGACCAGGAAGUUGGAACCCUGUAUGAGUGUUUCGGCAGUGACGGUAAACUGGUUCUGCACUAUUGCAAGUCUCAGGCCUGGGGCUGAGCCACGGCAGAAGCCGCUUCCUACAACUUGAGAUGAGAUGGUUUGCAGAGGACCCGGCAUGCACCUGCUGUGACUCCUGCUCAGGCACAACGGCAUCCAUGGAGAGAGUGGGGGUACCCCAGGUGCAGUCGGAUACUGGUGCACUCACUAAUCCCCAAGGACAGGCUCCAUUCAGCCCCGCCUCCCACCCGGCACUCCUGCUGAUGCAGAGCUGCCUGGGGAAACUGUGGAAGAGUCGCACUAGGGCUCACCAUGACUGAGUGUUCACUUGUACCAUUGUUAUUAUUCAUAGUAAAUGUUUACUCGCUAAAGAGGUUGUUGGAACUUCGAUUUGUUUAGAAUUCGGGGGUAUUUACGCAUUGUCUCUUAUUCCCCAUAUAAACAAGUUGCUUGGG